GGUCACUUCGGCAUUAGUAGAGCAGAGCAGACAUUACAUGAGGGUUUUCCAACUGAGGAGAGGCGCUAUAGGAUCAUUUGAUUGUUCACCAAGUGAUUGAGUAUUGACCCAUAAAUUGGUUACAGUAUCAGUAUACCAGUUGCUGGCACAUCAUGGAAAUGCUGAAGAAGCUGCAGUCAACAGUGGCACAGGCAGUGACACAGGUAUCAGGUGCCUUGCCUGGUAAUCCAGUGACAAGAGAGUAUGAGGUCAAGGAGCACAUUGCCAGUGCCGGUCCAGGCCUGCUGUGGAAGGUGUACUCGGCAGUCAAAAAGUCAACUCGUGAGGAGGCCUCUGUGUUUUUGCUGGAGAAGCAUCUGCUGGAGCAGUGGGGUCGCAGAGACAGAGAAAUGAUGCUGGACAUCCUGCGGCAGGGGGUCAGCCAGCUUACCCGGCUCCGCCACCCACGCAUUCUCACGGUCCAACAUGCCAUGGAGGAGUCAAGGGAGAGCCUGGCGUUCGCCACGGAGCCGGUGUUUGCCAGUCUGUCGAACGUGCUCGGUCAGCUGGAGAACGCGCCGUCCCCGGUGCCGGCGGCGCUGCGGGACCACCAGCUGCACCAGGUGGAGAUCAAGUACGGCCUGCUGCAGCUGGGCCAGGCGCUCGAGUUCCUGCACUCAGACGUGAAGAUGCUGCAUCGUAACGUCUGUCCGGACUCGGUCGUCAUCAACAAGUCCGGCGCCUGGAAGCUGGCCGGCUUCGAGUUCUGCCAGGCCAACAAGGCGUCAGCGGACCAACCGCCGUCGUGGCCGGUGGCCGAGUACGACCCGGACGUGCAUCCGCUGGCGCAGCCGGCGCUCGACUUCAUGUGCCCGGAGGCGGCGCUCUGCCUGGCUCACACGCCCUACUCGGACAUGUACAGCCUGGCGGCGCUCGUCUACGCCGUGUUCACGCGCGGCGGCACCGUGUUCAACUGCGCCGCCGACUGGUACGCCUACAAGAAGGCCAUGAACGAGCUGAAGCGGCUGCCGCCCAGCCGGUUGGAGCCGGUGCCGGCCGAGCUGCGGGAGACGGUGAAGCUGAUGCUGAACGUGGCGCCCGACCUGAGGCCCGACGCCCACCAGUUCGCCAAGAUUAAUUACUUUGACGACGUGGGUGUGAAAACCCUCAACUACCUGGACUCGCUGUUCCAAUGGGACAACCUUCAGAAGUCGCAGUUCUACAAGGGACUACCGCAAAUUAUACCAAAGCUACCACAUCGAGUUUGUCUCUAUCGCGUGUUACCGAGUCUGGCCAAGGAGUUUGUAAACCCGGCGAUGAUUCCGUUCGUGCUGCCCAACACAAUGCUGAUUGCCGAAAACUCCAGCAAGGAGGAGUACGUGGAGCACAUCAUGCCGCUGAUCGCGCCCGUCAUGAAACUCCAGGAGCCAGUGCAAAUCCUGUUGAUUUUCAUGCAGCGUCUGGAGCUGCUGCUCAGUAAGACGCCGGCCGACGCGGUGCGCGCGCACGUCCUACCGCUCAUGUACCGGGCGCUCGAGUCCAACACGCAGCAGAUCCAGGAGCUCUGCCUGAGCGUGAUCCCCAAGGUGGGCGCGCUGGUCGACUACCCGAGCAUGAAGAACGCGCUGCUGCCGCGCGUCAAACAGCUCUGCCUCAGCACCGGAUACCUGUCGACGCGGGUGGGCUGUCUGGUCUGUCUGGGGAAGCUGCUGCCCCACCUGGACCGGUGGCUGGUGCUGGAUGAGGUGCUGCCGCUGCUGCCGCAGGUCCCCACCCGAGAGCCGGCAGUCAUCAUGGCCGUCAUCGGCAUCUACAAGGUGACACUGAGCAGCGACAAGCUCGGCAUGACCAAGGAGGUGAUGGCGACCAAGGUGCUGCCGUUCCUGCUGCCGCUGGCCAUCGAGAACGGGCUGGCCGUGGCGCAGUUUGACGCCGUUAUGACGCUCGUCAAGGACCUGCUGGCCAGGGUGGAGACCGAGCACCGCGACAAGCUCACGCAGCUCAACGCCAUGAAGGACGAACAACAGAAAGCGCUGAACGCCUCGCUGGCUCAGCCGCCGCCUGGACAGCUGGUGGGCGCUCCCGGACCCACCUCCGAUAUCGACAAGAUGUUCGGCGAGCUCGGUAUCGGAGGAGACCCGUCCCCGGCGCCGGCCCCGAUCCCAGCCCGCUCGCCCUCCGGCCCGCUGGCCAACGGCUCGAGCCCGGCCGGCGGCGGCGCGUCCCUCUCCCUGGAGGAGAAGCAGCGGCGCGCGCGGCAGCAGGAGGCGGCUGCGCGGCUCAGCAGCCAGCCGGCGCUCACCAGUCCCACCACCACCAGCAGCGCCAACAGCAGCAGCGGCAGCGCCGGCCGGCGGCCGCCGCGUGACCUCACCGACUCCCUCAUCAGCAGCAACCUCAACAUGAUGGCGCGGCCGGCGGCGCCUCCCGCCGCCUUCCCGUCGGCCGCUCCCAACUACCGGCCCGGCGGCGGAGCCUUCCAGUCUCAGCAGCCGCAGCAGCAGCCCAUGUUCCAGCAGCAGGGCUUCCAGCAGCAGUCCGGCUUCCAGUCGGCAGGUUUCCAGCAGCAGCAGCAGUUCGGUAUGGGCGGGCCGAUGAUCGGCGCUCCCGGGUUCGGCCGCCCGGCACUGAUGCCGGCACCGAGCGCCACCGGCUGGUCGCAGCCGGUACCGUCGGCCGGCCUGACGCCCCAGUAUAACAGUCAACAGAUGGGACUGGGUCCUCAGUUCGGUCAGCAGGCGGGACUGAGGCCGCAAUAUGGUCAGCAGUCGGGACUGACGCCGCAGUAUGGUCAGCAGCCCGCCUCCAAACAGCUGUCAUCCAGCGAAAUCAGCGAUUUACUCAGCUGAGGUAGUCGGCGAUAGAGAUCUUCUCAGCUAGGAUAACCCGUGAUACCAACUUUAGCUAAAAGGACAGCCCGUGAUGCCUACGUCGUUCCCAGCUGGAGUGGCCCUGUGGUCCGUCACCACACUGGCCGAGACAGGACGAGACCUGUGCCGUGGCCGGGUCCCUGGUGUGCGCGUGGGCUACGCCGAGUCAGGGCGGUAGCGUCAGCCGCUUGCGACCUGCCGGCAACGAGAGUCAGUGCGUGGGGUUUGCCGAGUCAGGGUGGUACAGUGAACCAGUGGGGUCUUGUCAGCGUCUGGUUCAGCCGCCGGCGACACCGGCCACCGUGACCCAGGUUAGUCAGCGCACAACGGCGUCAGGGUUUACCACGGCAACAGCCAGCCGUGCGACAGAGCUACGGAGGGAAUCAUAGUCUACUCGGACGGUUGUUUUACAUGUGCCUGUAAUAUCAGAUCGGUGUGCGUUUAUCUAUACUAUGACCGUGGACGGGUGUGCCGUGUUAUUUAUUGUGGCGCGCGCCGCCGGGGCUUUCGUUGCGUUGUUGUGGAGCCGCGUUGUGAUGUUUAUUCCCUAUCACCGUGGUGGCGUGCUCUUUGGGAGGCUGGGCAGCGGAGAGGCGCGGCCGCUGGUCUCUCGGACCGGAUGAACCAAACAUUCCGUGUGUGUGCUGUGCUAGUUGUCUCGCUGCUGUUUAUCAAAAUCGAACGGUGGGGGCAUUGUCGCAUUGUUUUAAUGUUGUGUACUUAUAACGUUUAUUGUGUUUAUUGAUAUUUGAUAAAGACGAGAUCAAUUUAUGAAUAUGCUGACUUAUCUACGCGUUUCGGUCCCACCAAGUCCCAGUAACAUCUAGAUUAACGGAUAUAACGAAUAUCUAUAGCGUUCGCUGUGCAAUCUAGUUAAUUGACAUGUUUUAAACCGUCCAUCGGUUUUCUUGUUUCUUUGACACAGUAUUCCAUGUAUCCGGAGCAUACAAGAAAACUGUUAAACCGCGAAAGCAUUUAUACGUGUACUGCUUUCGCAGCGAAAUGUUCCGAUGUUCUAUUUCAUUUGUGAAUUUUAAUGAGUUAAUAACGUAUCAAAUACAUACAUCAACGUGUC